AUGUCUGCCCAUCCCCUCGCUUUUUAUCUCUUUCUUCUGUUCGCCAUCUUGACCGACGGCCAUCGCGCACCCCCAUGCAAGAAGCUGGAUCCCACCAACGCCGCCGGCAGUGGCAGCAUCCUCAACAGCACGCGGCUCGUGCUGACAUUGGAAUGUACUGACUGUCCCGUGUUCGAUAUUGGCAUCGAAAAGUCUUGGAAGAGCAAUGACGCCACACUCAUAUACGACCUCACCAUGUCCGACACAAGAGCGGGCAACUUGGUCUGGACUCACGCAGAUCCAGUCGAUAUCGACCGCCGUAUACCAUUCUUUCCGCCCGUCGACUUUGGAUCACUCUCCCCAUUUCAAAGGGGGCUCAACCUAUUAGCCCCGCCUUCCACAACCGUGUCCGAAUAUCUGGAUGGCGCUGUCGAAUCAGUAACGCCCCUCCGCGUACCCGGUGCAGCCACGAGUAUCGGCAUUGCCAACCCGCAUCGCUGGAAUAUCAGUCGCAUCUCCUACAUUAACGGUUUAGCGUAUACAGGUCCGGGAAAGGAGAUAUUUGACAUCGCAGUUGUCCUGGUUUACCUGUUUCAAAACGGCACGCAGCCAGUCGAGAUUGUAUGGUGGGAAAUCCAGGACAUUGAUGACUACCACAAGGAUACAUCCGAGCCGCAGCUACCUACCGGUCUGGAGCUCAAGCUCCUAGGGGUAGAAGAAAGUGAUUAUCGCCAGCAGGAGGAAGAAAUUUUCAUUACCUUGGGGGUUGCUGCUCUCUGCGUCUUAUUGGCGAGAUUGGUUGCAGGGUGCUUUUGUGGAGACGGCUUCUAUGAGUACGAUCUACUCGAGAAAGACGAGCGAGAAGUGGAUGAAGAAUAA